AUGAACGUAAAGCGGAUAGAACAACAGUUUCUUCUUCUAUCGUUAUCAAUACUUCAACUGCUUAUAAGAGAGGGAGCUCACAGCCAGCUAUCAGAGGCAGAGGCAAGACUGCAAAGAAGGGCUAAUGCACUUCGGAGGAAACGGGAUCUCCUUGGGGAGGAGGUUGGUACACUAUACCUAAGAGAACUAGUGGAGACUUUUAGGCCUCUUCUGUCGGAAGCGACGUUUCCUCGCGGUGUUCUUCACAACUACACAGCCAGAGACGCCUCCUCAGAGUACUGUGGAUGUCUCAACGGAGGCUGGUGUCAGGAGGACGGAGUGUGUGACUGUGCCCAGUUUCAAGCCCUGGGAGAUCGUUGCCAGAUCAUCCCUAACCAGGGUCAGGACAGGGAUGGCAUCUGCAAGUCUUGGGGACAGCACCACUAUGAAACGUUUGAUGGCAUCUACUUCUACUACCCUGGAAGAUGCUCCUACAUCCUGGCCCAAGACUGCCACUCUGCUACGCCUCAGUACACUGUCUGGGUCCAUAACAGUAGGUCUUGUCGGGGAAGUGUGUAUUCAUGUCCUCGGGCUCUCAGUCUGUUCUUCCCCAACGAGGAGGAGAUCCACAUCUCAGGGUACCAGGUCCACCAAGGAGGCCGCAGGCUGAGUCUGCCCCAGACCGUGGGUGGUGUGUUCAUUGAGCGCCUGGCUGACUACCUCCUGGUGAAGAGUGUGUUUGGCUUCUCGCUGGCGUGGGACGGUAGCUCCGGAGUGUAUGUGAAGAUGAGUGAGGAGCACCAGGGCGCCCCCUGUGGCCUGUGUGGGAACUUCAACCACCUGGCCAGCGAUGACCUCACCACUCCCCGUGGUGUGCUGACAGAGGAGCCGGUGGUGUUUGGUAACAGCUGGUCCCUGGACCUCCCCCAUGAGAGAGCCUGUCCCUCAGUAGACCUGGACUUCAGCGGUCCCUGCCAGUCAGAGUCCGACAUGGACGACGCCAUAGAGAAGUGCAGCGCUCUGCUCUUCUUCCCCUUCCUGUCCUGCCAUGAGAACAUCGACCCCAACCCCUUCGUGGCGAGCUGUGUCUCUGACCUGUGUGUCUCAGAUGAUGAGGAGACCUUUUGUCGAGUGUUGGUUGAGUACACGCGUGCCUGCUCUCAUGUGGGCUACCCCGUCAGAGAGUGGAGAGACAGCUUCCCCUCCUGCAAUGAUGGCUGUGAGGAGAGUUUUGUCCAUAGAGACUGUAUCAGUUGCUGUCCUCCCACCUGCACCUUUGAGAAGGAGUGUCGAACCAACCUGCAUUGCCUGGACGGCUGUUACUGCCCUGAUGGUCUGAUCCUCCAGAACGGGACGUGUAUCGCUGUGUCUCAGUGCCCCUGUGUGUACCAUGGCACCUCAUACACACAAGGACAUGUACUGGAGCAGGGCUGCAGUGUGUGUGUGUGUAUGGGGGGAGUGUGGAACUGCACUGGGAGCAACUGUACAGGAGAGUGUUCUGUGGUGGGUCACGUGUUUGUGACGUCGUUUGACGGCAGGAUGUUCCUGCAGCCAGGAGCAUGUCAGUACGUCCUGGCCAAGAGCCGCGGCAGCAGUAGAUUCACCGUCACACUGCAGUACACCACCUGUGCAGAGCAGCAGGUGUGUAUCCAGUCGGUGACGGUGGUGUUGGACGAGGACGUGAGUCGUCAGGUGACUCUGACCCGGGAUGGGGAGGUGCUCAUAGGGGUCAACCCCUCCCCUGUGCUGCCCUACGCUGACGAUGCUGUCAAGGUGCAUCGGCUGACGUCUGUGUUCGUGCAGCUGAAGGCGUCUCUCGGGCUGCGACUGCAGUUCGGCGGCCACGGGGGGCGGGUCUACCUGCAGCUGGACAGCCAAUGGCGGGGCUCCACGCUCGGCCUGUGCGGGACCUUCAACGGCAACCUGCGCGAUGACUUCCUGUCCCCUGCUGGGAUGAUAGAAGGGACGCCCCAGCUACAUGCUAACGCCUGGAGGGUCUCCUCUGCCUGCUCUGCUCCUGUCAACCUGCCCAUCAUCGACCCCUGUGAGAUGAACCAGCACAACGCAAUCUACGCCUCCCAGUGUGAGGUGCUUCUGGGCAGUGUGUUUGCUCCAUGCCACGGCUACAUCAGUCCCUCAGUGUACCAGCAGCAGUGUCGCUACCAGGCCUGCAGCUGUGGCAACGCCUGCCUGUGCACGGCCCUCGGCCACUACGCCUACCUCUGCUCCAAACACGGCGUCUCCAUCAACUUCAGAGCACACGUGUCUGAGUGUGGCGUGGUGUGUCUAGGAGGGAUGCUGUACCACUCCUGCACGUCCUCCUGCGGCCGCUCCUGCCGCUCCCUCUCCCACGCCGAGACGUGUAACCGUGACGACUGUGCGGAGGGGUGUGGCUGCUCCGACAACACAUACUACGAUGACGCACGGCAGCGCUGCGUGCAGCAGUCCCAGUGCCACUGCUACUCCAUGGGUGGGGUGUUCCAGCCGGGGGAGGUGUCCUUCAGCGCCUCUGGCCCCUGCCUGUGCAGGAACGGGAAGAUGGAGUGUGUGCCAGAGGAGAGAGAGGAGCCACAGCGAGGGGAGUGUCCUGAGGGGAAGGUAUACCACAGCUGUACCGACCAGCGAGGAGGCAUGGCCUGUGAGGUCACCUGUCGCAACCUGAUGUUGAACCUGACCUGUCCUCCGAACACACCCUGCGUCUCUGGCUGUGUCUGCCCCCCAGGGCUGGUUCUGCACCAUGGGGAGUGUUACUACCCAGAUAACUGUCCAUGUGCCUGGCUGGGUCUGGAGUAUCUGCCUGGGGAGACAGUGGAUACGCCCUGCUACAGAUGUGUGUGUCACAGGGGCUACUUCAACUGCAGCUACUCUCCCUGCCCGGCAGUGUGUACCGUCUACAGUGACAGACACUACCACACCUUCGAUGGUCUGGAAUAUGACUACUACUCAGACUGCCAGGUGUACCUGCUGAAGAGCGUCGGGGAAGCGGACGUGUCUAUCGUAGCCCAGAACAAAGACUGCUACGAGAGUGGCAUCGUCUGUAUGAAGAUGCUCGUCAUCCAUGUGGGCCUCACCAAGAUCUACUUCAGCGACAACUCCGGCAACCCUAGCCCUGCCACUGUGGUAGGGAGAGGGUCUGAGUUUGAGCUGUGGAAGGCCGGCUACUACACUGUGGUCCACUUCUCCAACCAGGACCUGACCGUGCUCUGGGACCGCAAAACGACCGUGCACAUCAGAGCCGGGCCGCAAUGGAAGGGUCUCCUCAACGGGCUGUGUGGGAACUUUGACAGCGUGACAGUGAAUGACAUGACCACCUCCAGCCACAUGGAGGUGAACAACGCACAGAGCUUCGGGGACAGCUGGGCCCUGGGACAGUGUGAGAGUGACUAUGUGGUGAAGCGGCCGUGCGAAGGGGACCUAGGCAGACAGCCGUACGCCAAGAGAGAGUGCGCUCUGCUCUACAGCGACGUCUUUGCCCCCUGUCACAAUGUGGUGGAUGUGGCCUGGUUCUAUAGGAACUGUCUGACGGACACCUGCAACUGUAACCGCGGGGGGGACUGCGAGUGUCUGUGUACGUCCAUCGCUGCUUACGCACACAAAUGCUGCCAGCAGGGGAUCACUGUCCAUUGGAGGUCCCCCUCGGUCUGCCCCUAUGACUGUGAAUACUAUAACCAGGAGUUGGGUGAAGGGCCGUUCUCCCUGGUCAGUGCUGGCUACAACGACACCAUGCUGGGGGUGAAUCGCAGCAGUGGCUCGGUGUUCCCGCUGGUCAGAGAGAGCUCCAGGGCUCUGCCUCCUCCAGGACUUCUCUUCAAUUUCAUGAUCACCUCAGGACUGCUGAAAGACCGCGCGUCACGUCUCCCAGUGGUCUCUCUGGAGUCUGCAGAGCGGCCAAACUACUUCCUGGUUGUCUCUGGGCGUGGACGGCUCCAAUUGGAGCAUUGGAGCCGUGAGGAGGAGUUUGGUCGCAAGGCUUCCUUCAUCCAGCACCAGGGGUUGUUCCUGCCUCGCCACGCCUCCUACGAGCUGAUUGGCCAGCCGGGAAUGUUCCUGACACUGACUCGUGUUACUGCACGUGCUCAGAGAUACGACAACUCAGAGGCCUUUAAGACAAGCAGCAGCUUCACACUGGAGGAGAGCAGCUUUGUCAUCCCGUACCGUAUGAUGUGUGAGUGGCGCUACCAAGCCUGCGCCAGUCCCUGCGUCCGCACAUGCAGCGACCCUGACGCCACGCGCUGCCUCUUCUUGCCCCUGGUGGAAGGUUGUUUCCCACGCUGCCCCAAAAACAUGGUCCUGGAUGAGGUGACGAGGAGGUGUGUCUACACAGAGGACUGUGCCACUCUCCCGCCCACUCCAACCCCCUUUGCGUUUGUGACGCGGUCUAACCGAACCACCGCCGUCCCAACCACAACCACGACUCCAGUCCCCACCACCCCCACCACGACUGUGACUACGACCACAACCUCAACCACAGUCACUACCAGUACCGCUCCCCCUACCACAGCUAGCACCGCAACCACAACCGCACGGUCCACCAGUGCUCCCACUACGCCCAGUACAGCCCCAGUCACUGAGCGUGUCACCCCCACUCUCACCACCUCUCCCUUCACUCCUCCUCCGCCACCCUCCCCCUCCACCACCCCGGCCCCGCCAACAGCUUCACCCACUCCCCCCACCCCUCCCGUACACACCAGCACCACAGAGGCACCCACGACAACCGUGACCACGGUAACCACAAGCAUCACGGAAACCCUGACCACGGAGGCCACCUCUGUCCCCUCUACCCCUCCUCUGCCCUCCUCCCCUGCCCCUCCGUCCACCCUGACCCCCUCCACCACUUCCAGCCCCACCCCCACCCCCCUCGUCACCACCCCUGCCCCCGCCACCUCCUCCACCCAGCCCCCUCCUUCCCUCCCCUCCACACCGCCCACCACGGCCUGGACCACCACCUUCACACACACUCCGACCCCGGUCACCACCACCACCCCUGUCACUCUCCCUCCCCGGACCACUGUCGCCACAGAGACCACCUCUGUCUCCGCGGCGGUAGACACAACUGUAGUUGUGACUACCACAACGUCGCCUCCUGAGACCCCGGAGUCCACGUUCGUAACCACGGAGACAGCCACCAGUCCUGAAACUCCCACUCCCACACCUGAAGAAGUCAGCACAACAACCUUGCUUCCUCCCUUCCUCUUGCCCACAUCCCCCUGUACACCCCCCUACUCCUACAGGAUAGAUGAGUGUGCCGAGCUGAUCUGCUUCAACGGAGAGCUGCUCCUCCACAACGCGUCAGCCCUCUGUCGCUUCAGCACCACGGCCCCACACUGUAGCCUGCUGGGCCUGCCCAUCCUCACCAACACUGACCCCUGCUGCCCCCAGUGGCAGUGCCCCUGUCGUUGUUCGGUGAUGUCGGACCUGCGUGUGAUCACGUUUGAUGGGAACAACGUGGCUCUCUAUGAUAACGGCUCCUACAUCCUGGUUCAUCUUCCCAGAGAGAACAUCAUAGGAACCGUGGACAAGUGCCCUACCAGCCAGAGUGUCAACUCUAUCAGACGGCCUAGCCCAACGGGUGGUACCUCCGGCCUGUGUUUUAAGAAGCUGAACAUAACCACUUCCUCCUACAGGAUCAUCCUCAACCGCCUUGACCGCAAGGUGUCCGUGAACCACAUAGCGGCUCGCCUGCCGUUCUCCCGCCAGUCUCUGCACGUGGACGACACCGGGAGCAUGUACCUGAUCCAGACCCCUGGUGGGGUCAGCAUCCAGUGGUACCACAGCACAGGCAUCAUGGUGCUGCAGUACACCGCUCCUAGCAACAUGUCUACUCCUACGCGAGGCCUCUGUGGUUGCUGCGACGGAAACCCAGCGGACGACCUGAAGCUGCCCAACGGCACGGUGGUGCGAGAGGUGGGCGACAUGGGGCUGUUCCUGCAGGCCUGGAGGGUCCACACCUCGGAGGAGACGGAGCACACGCGCCGGAUAGGAGACAACUGCACCACAGGGGACUGCUCCCCCUGCAUCUCCAUGCUGCGCCAGAGGGCCUUCUCACCCUGCCACAGCAAGGUGUCUCCAGAGCAGUUCUGUGACGUGAUGUGGGCAGGGGACCUGCAUUACAAGGACCACCAGUGUGAUUUCCUGGCAGCCUAUGUAGCUGUCUGCUACACACACCAAGUCUGCAUCAGCUGGAGACGAAACAACUUCUGCCCCCUGCACUGCCCUGCCGGUAAGGAGUACCGUCCUUGUGUGAGCACCUGCACCAGCCGUACCUGCCAGAACAGAGAGUACUACGAGGAGACCACCUGCUCCUACAUCAGGGAGGAGUGUGUGUGUCGCAGCGGGACCAUCCUGCACCGGGCUGACUCGCCCUACUGUGUCACAGAGGAGCAGUGUGUGUGUACGGACAACGAGGGUUCCCCCCGUUCCCCGGGCGAGGUGUGGAAUGGUUCGGCGCGUGGCUGCUGUCUGUACCGCUGCAUGGAGAACGGCUCGGUGGUGGCGGUGGAACCGGACUGCAGCUCCAGCCCCGCUCCUCUCUGCGAGAGGGAGGGGGAGUACGUCCUAGACGUCCUGGAGGAGGGAGCCUGCUGUCCCAAGAAGAUCUGUGAGUGCAAUCUGACCAUCUGUGAGAGCGAGGUUCCGCCGUGUGACAAUGGAAACCACCUUGUGAUUGGUUACAGCGCCCUCUCCUGUUGCCCCGAGUACAGAUGUGAGUGCAACCCCAUGGCGUGUCCCCCGGUCGUCGCCCCUGACUGCAGGGAAGAUCAGUUCCUAGUGGAGGUGCGGGAGGACAAGUCCUGCUGCUAUUCGUUCUUGUGUGUGUGUGAGUCGUGUAUAGAACCGGUCCCAUCCUGCGCUCACGGAGAGAUUCUGGCUGUGGACCUCAACACUACCAACAGCUGCUGUCCCCAGUACCACUGUGUGUGUGAUGUCAACAUAUGUCCUGAGUCAUCUCUGAGCUGUGCCCCUGGGCUGACCGUGGUCCAAACCACCAUGCCCGGACACUGCUGCCCACAGCGCCACUGUGAGUGCCAGUGUGAGGACAGCUCUCUCCCUGUCUGCCUGAUGGGGGAGGUGCAGAUGGAGGUGCCUGACAGCAGCAGUCAGUGUGGAUGUCCCCGUUACACCUGCCAGAAGAAGGAUGUGUGUGUUUUUCAGGGUGUGACGGUGUUGGGUCCAGGCCAGUCCCUGGUUCAGUCCUAUGAGGGAGAACUGUGCUACACUGUGAACUGUCUGACCCACAAAGACUCUCAAACUGGCUUCUAUGCCAUGGACAUCUCUUUUGUCAACUGCUCCCAGAAGUGCGGAUCGCACCAGGUGUAUGUGGUGUCCUCGGACCCACAGGUGUGCUGUGGCUCCUGCAAGAACGUCUCCUGCACGUUCACCAAUGACAACGGAACCACAGAGCUCUUCGCUUCGGGUAGUUCCUGGGUGGAUAACUGCACGAGGUACGACUGUAUGGAGACAGCAAUUGGAGCCGUGGUUCUGGCCUCAGGGGUCGUCUGCCCCCCCUUCAACGACACAGAGUGCCUGCAGAAUGGAGGGGUGGUGCAGAGCUACGUGGACGGCUGCUGCAGGACAUGUAAAGAAGAUGGUAAGACAUGUAAGCGUGUUGCCAUCCGCACCACCAUUAGAAAGGAUGACUGCAGGAGCAACGCCCCGGUGACAGUGUAUUCAUGUGAUGGAAAGUGUCCUUCUGCAACCAUAUUUAACUUCAACAUCAACAGCCACGCACGGUUCUGUAAAUGUUGCAGAGAAAGCGGACUACAAACGCGCUCUGUCACUUUAUACUGCUCACGCAACUCCACACUCGUGGAGUACAACUUCCAGGAGCCCCUGGACUGCUCAUGCCAGUGGAACUAGAGAGAAUAAAAAUAGGGAGAAAUGUGCAGCUUGGAGCUUGGGGCUUAUUUUAGAUAAAAUAGUAAUAAAGUGAGAGCAGAGGGGCCAGAAAUGUAUAAUGUUGAUACGUGUCCCAGUCUUAGCUCUAGAGAUCACGACCUGUGUGUAUCUAGACUAGCUGUAACAAAGAGACAAAGGAACAUAGGAGAGAGUUGACAGUUGGACAUGUACAGUAACCUAGCCAGCACUGUAGCCUUCAGUAUCACACAGUCUGCUGUGGCAACACAGGCAGCUGUCUAGUGCCUUAGAAUGACACAAACUCUGUAUAGAACCUGGUAGGGUCAUAUCUUAAGUCUAACAGUUUAUAAACAGUUAACCACAUCAGUUGAGGUUAUUGAUGCAUUUAAUGUUAAUAAAUAAGUUCCGAAAUUAAAUGAUUAUGAAAAUGUGCUGUAGGAAAGCAAAGGACUGAAUGUGUACCAUAGGUGUGCCCCCUGAUUUGAUCAAAAACGGUUUAUGGUUUCCUUUAGGAAAGUCUAAUCAAUUACUAAUGUGAUUAGCUUACAAUUC